GGGAUGCUGCUCCCCUCCCUCGCUCGCCGCGGCCGGAGCAGCGCGCAGGCGGCAGCGGCAGCCCCGGCCGGGCGGCACGGACGGAGGGCUGGGGCGCGGAGCCCAGCGCAGAGCCGCGGAGCCCCCCGAGCCCCCCGAGCCCCCGGCGGGGCAGCGGGCACGCCGGUUUUGGAGGCUCGUUUUGCAGUGGCUGCACGCUGACACCAUGGCACCAAGGCUCCCUGCAAUGGGGCCCUUCUCCCUCCUCAGCCUGGGAUUCCUGCUCCUGCUUCUGGCUCUCCCUGCUGAUGCUGGGCUCUCUCAGAAGCACGUCUCAGAUGUGGUGGAUGACAGCAAAGACAACAUCACCAUCUUCACACGCAUCCUGGACAGGCUCCUGGACGGAUACGACAACCGCCUGCGGCCUGGGCUCGGAGACAGUGUAACUGAAGUCAAGACAGACAUUUACGUGACGAGUUUCGGCCCUGUCUCGGACACAGACAUGGAAUACACCAUUGAUGUCUUUUUCCGGCAGUCCUGGAGAGAUGAAAGGCUGAAGUUUGAUGGUCCCAUGAAAAUCCUUCCCCUGAACAACCUGUUGGCCAGUAAGAUCUGGACUCCUGACACUUUUUUCCACAAUGGGAAGAAAUCUGUUGCCCACAACAUGACCACCCCCAACAAGCUGCUGCGCCUGGUGGACAAUGGCACCCUCCUGUACACCAUGAGGCUGACCAUCCACGCCGAGUGCCCCAUGCACCUGGAGGACUUCCCAAUGGACGUGCACGCCUGCCCCCUCAAAUUUGGGAGCUAUGCCUACACAAAGACAGAGGUGAUCUACACCUGGACCCUGGGGAAGGAUAAAUCUGUGGAAGUAGCCAAGGGUGGAUCUCGCCUGAACCAGUAUGACCUGCUGGGCCAUGUGGUUGGGACAGAGAUGGUUCGAUCCAGCACAGGGGAAUACGUUGUCAUGACCACACACUUCCACCUCAAGAGGAAGAUCGGCUACUUUGUGAUCCAGACCUACCUGCCCUGCAUCAUGACUGUCAUCCUGUCCCAGGUCUCCUUCUGGCUCAACAGGGAGUCUGUCCCUGCCCGCACGGUCUUUGGUGUCACCACGGUGCUCACCAUGACCACACUAAGCAUCAGCGCCAGAAACUCCUUACCCAAAGUGGCGUACGCGACGGCCAUGGACUGGUUCAUAGCCGUCUGUUAUGCCUUUGUGUUUUCUGCGCUGAUCGAGUUCGCCACCGUCAACUACUUCACCAAGCGCAGCUGGGCCUGGGAUGGCAAGAAGGUGCUGGAGGCCCAGGAGAUGAAGAAAAAGGAGCCGGUGGCGCUGGCCAAGAAAACCAACAACACCUACAACAUCGUGGGCACCACCUACGCCCUGAACAUGGCCAAGGAGCCGGGGCUGCCCACCAUCUCCAAGAGCGCCGCCGCCACCGGCACGGCCACCAGCGUGCCCCCCAAGGUGCCCCGCCUGGAGGAGAAGCUCCCCGAGAGCAAGAAGACCUACAACAGCGUCAGCAAGGUAGACAAGAUGUCCCGCAUCGUCUUCCCAGUGCUCUUUGCCAUUUUCAACCUGGUCUACUGGGCCACCUAUGUCAACCGGGAGUCGGCUAUCAAGGGAAUGAUCCCCAAACAAUAGAGCUGGUCACACAGACCUUCCAUCAGUCAGCACCAUCCCAGCAGGAGUUCUCCAGGGCUUUCUUCUCUUCUUGUUCUGUUCAGUUAUUGUUGUUCAUUUUUUAAAUUAUUUAUUAAUUAUUAUUAUUAUUAUUAUUAUUAUUAUUAUUAUUAUUAUUAUUAUUAUUAUUAUUAUUAUUAUUAUCAUUAUGUUGUCACUCUUUUAUAAUGUAAACAAAACUGUGGUUUUAAUUUAAUCCCAUAUAUACUUUGGUUUUGUUUACUUUGAUGAUGAAAGCUAAUAAGAAAAAAAAAAAAAUUAAGGGAUCAUAACAAGUUGUGCCUCUAACAUCUUAAGUCUGCUGUCACCCAUCUGACCAAGUCACCCUGUGCUGCCAUCUCUGCCACCUCCCGUGGUGCCCAUGGUCUUCAUGCCUCUGCCAUUUCAUGCUGUCCCCUGGGCUGCUGCUCUGGGGCUCCUCCUCCUCUGUGCUGGGCUGCCCUAGCAUGAGGGAUGCUCCUGGACACCUGCAGGGUGUGUCAGUCACUCAGCCAGGCUCCUCUUCAGUGCCUGCCACUUUGUGCUGGGUCCUGCACCUGGCUGUGAAUGCAGGUGAGCUGGUCACCUGCAGGGACAAGGGAGCAGCCUGGCAUGGCUCAGUGCCUGCAGAGGCAAACUGGCCACUGCUGUGGUCCCCAGAGCCAUUGCAGGGGUGGCAGCAUCUUGUAGGUAUUGCAGGUCUCCUUCCUCUCUGUCUUCACCAAACCCAGCUGGUUUUGUCUCUCCAGACAAGAAAGGUGGGAAAGGUCCUGUCUGUCUGGCAUCCAUGCUCCUAGGGCAAUUCAUGUUAGCUCCUAGCAGAGAAAUCAUUUGUCCCAGUGUCAGAAAGUCCAGGCAGAAGCUUUACAAAGCUUUGGAGGAGAUGUGAGGCUGCAUGCACUCAGCAUGAGGACUGGCAGCCACAGAGCUCCUGUUCAGAUGAUGGUCUAUCACUUUCUCUUAUGGCCCCAUCCACUUGUCCUUUUUAGCAGAUCCUCUCUGUCCCAGCUCCUUCUUCCAACUUCUCCUUCAUCUUCCUCAGCAGCCCUCACUGGUACCUCAGUGCUCACUCUGGGUUCAGGCAGGGAGGCUCCCUGCUCUUGGGUGAGCACAGCCUGGGGAAGUCCAGCUCAUGGCACACCCCUGCUCCAGUGCAGGAUGUUCCCUGUGGGAUGAGGCAGGGGACAGGUGGUCCCCCAGACCCUCCCUGCCCCUGGUGAGCUGCUGCAUCCUCAGCACCACGGGAAAACAGCAGAAGGGGCUCUUUGGAAGAGCAGGGUGACACUGCUGUCCCACAGAGCCAUGUGAGCCAGCUGCCAUCCCACAAAGCAGCUGAGGUAAGACCCAGUCUAACUGCACACUCCUCCAAGGAAAGCCCUUGGAGAGAGGCUUUUUCUCCCUCCCUGACCACCACAGUGCACCCAAAGCAGUGUUUGCACCCACAGUGGUGACAUCCAAGCCAUCCAUCCCUGCAUCCAUGGGCACACUGUCCUCCUACCAGGAGGGACACCCUGUGCCUGAUGAUUUCUUGGGGUAGCACGGUCCUGCUGCCACAGAGGGGUGCACCCCCUCUUUCUUGGGCCUCCCUCUGACCCCCUGGCUGCCCCCAGAGCUGCCCCCAGCCCGUUUUGGGCUCAUGCAGCCAAGCCAAGCCCCAGCACCCCCAGGGUGAUGCCUUCAGCAUUGCUUUGAGCCCCUGUGCCAGGCUUAGCUUCCCCCCUGCAGGAGCAGGGCUGAGCACAAGGCACAGGAUUUGCCCACCUGGAAUAUCCAUGGGGCAGCAGAGGGAGGGAGGAAGGCCAGGGCACUUUGUCCUGCAGCAUGGGUGGCUCUGGUGCAUGUCCUGCCUGUCCCUUACCAGCCUCACUGGCUCAACAGCAGUGCAGUCACUCCCCUGCCCACAGCUGAGAUUUGGAGAGGACUUUGGGGAUGUUUAGCCCAGUCCCAGGGUGUUGAGUCCACAAGCACAUCCACAUGGCUGGCAACACUGGGAAGGAAGAACCAGACCCUCCCCCAGGCUGCUGCUAAGGCAACCAGCAGUGUCCACAUCCUCCCACAGCAUCUGCACCCCAAACCCUGUCAUUUCUACAGUGCCUUUCAUCCCCAAGGGCUCCCUGGUGGGUGGGAAGACCCAGGAGCUCUGCCUGCAGCAUUGGGUGGAGGAGCAGAGGGCAGGGCACAUCCCCAGCCCUUCUGCUGGGCAGGGAGGACAUCCUGGCUUCUCUGGCACCUGCUUCUGCCUGUUGGGCCUCCUGCAGCUGCUGCAGCCACCUCACUGUGACAUCCCAGCUGCCCCAUCUCUGCCUCCAUGUGUCCCCAAGCCCCUCACCCCGAGGCACCCCCCACUCCCUGCAGCAGUGAGUUCCCCUCCUGCCACCCUUCUGCUCCCUGGGCUCUCCAGUGGGCUCUCCAGCUGUCAGUUUUGGAAACAUCUUCUUAGAUAAGCUAGAUGAAGAGUGUCUCAUAAAACAUUCAUGCCACUGUAAUGCUCAGGCCUAAGUGAAUGGAAUAGAAACCCUACAACAAGCAAAACCAACACAGUAAAGUGGUCACAAAGAGUAUGUUGUGUUUGCUGAUGGAAUUACAGCAAGUUGAAAUUCUGUACCCAAUGACUUGGCUGCCCUGCUGCAGAGGUGGUUUCCUCUGCCAGCCUGGGAAUUCCCCAAAAUCCCUUUUACCUCAAGAGCCACUUUGCUGUCUGUCUGUGUCUGCUUUGUAGAGCUGUCCAUAAAUUGUCACAGAAUCACAGAAUGAACUAGGUUGGAAAAGACCUUUAAGAUCAUCUAGUCCAACCUAUGAGCUAACACCACCUAAUCAACUAAUCCAUGAGUGCCAUGUCCAGUCUUAUUUAAGACAUCUCCAGGGAUGGUGACUCCCCCACCUCCCUGGGCAGAUGAUUCCAGCACACAAUCACUCUUAGUGAAGAGUUUCUUUCUAACAUCUAACCUAACCUUCCCUUGGUGCAGCUUAAGGCUGUGUCCUCUGGUUCAGUCAGUGCUGCCUGGGAGAAGAGACCAACCCCACCUGAGCACAG